GGCCGCAGCUACUGGCAACGGCGGUGCUGUGGCUGCUGGCAGUGUGGUAUCAGUAAUGCAGAGUGUGGCAGCUGCAGGAGUUGGAGCUGCUGGCAAGAUCGGUUUGGCUUCAUUUGGCUUCACCACAGGAGCCGGAAUGAAUAUUGCCUAUGAAAAAGCCAAGGCGAUGUUUGGUGGGAAAAAGGACAAGGACACACGAGUUAUAUGUGUAUAAGUAAAUAUGCACACACACACACACACACACACACACACACACACACA